ACUCUCGUACUUCAGCUCAACUCAUGGCUCAACGACAAAUACGUAUAAAAAGCGGACAGGACUGUCGUCAAAGGAGGACACGAGACACCAGCUGACCCUAAAAGGUCACAUUAGGCAGAUUCACGCAGCCACUGUUACUCGAUUAGGUUUUCUAUCUGCCGCUGGAGGGAGCUGAUCAUUGUAUAUUGUUGGAAUGAGGAGGUGACUGAACAAACAGAGAACUUCAGAGAAACGUAAAAGUUGGACUGUGCGUGCUUGUAGUGUGCACGUGGAUUGACAGGAUGGCUCAAGAUACUGACCAUCCACAUAAUACAGCCAGAAGCCCUGAACCCCAAGAUUUGCUGAAGCAUUCAGAGUACAGGAGGGAAGGGCUGUCUCCGACGCCAAGUCCCGGAAGCCAAGGAUCAGAUUCCGCCGCACCCGUUGCUACAGCCCGAUCAUUGAAGUUUUCGAUAGAAAAAAUCCUCUCUCCAGACUUCGGUCGACAUGCUCGAGAGGAUCGUCGAGUUAGAAAUAUUGGAGACAACAAAACUCUGACUCUGUCCUCUCAAACACCGAGUCCUAGCAAAGCGAUGGCACCGUUGGUGUGGCCGGCUUGGGUGUACUGCACUCGGUAUUCGGACAGGCCGUCCUCAGGUAGGAGAGGGCCCAGAUCUCGGAGGAUGAAGAAGAAAAAGAAACCUGAUGAGAAACGGCCGAGAACGGCCUUCACAGCAGACCAAUUAGCCCGACUCAAGGCAGAGUUCCAAGAAAACCGCUACCUGACAGAAAAAAGACGACAAGAUCUGGCUCGUGAACUACAACUUAACGAGUCUCAGAUCAAAAUCUGGUUCCAGAACAAACGCGCGAAGAUCAAAAAGGCCGUUGGUCAUCCUAACACAUUGGCUAUCCAGCUGAUGGCCCAAGGCUUAUACAACCAUACCACGGUCCCUAUUCGUGAUGAUAUGGACGACAAAGACAUUGACUCGUCAUAGACUGGGCAGUAGAUACUGCAUGUCUCACAAAUCUGAUUGUACAUAUUCCUAUAAAGACAGUUUGACGUCUUGGCUUACUAGCCUUCUGCUCAUAUAUGUUAUAAACUCCGCACUCGUCGCCUGAUAUGGAGAAGACGUCAUCAAACUCCAGCACUUUGACAUUUUCUCAGGACUGAAACUAGUGACGUUUAUUUAAAACAAACUAUAUAUAUUCGUCGUCCAGUCUGCACGUCCCAUGACUUCAUCAUGAAGUAUAGAUUUUAGCUAACAACCAUUACUGUAUAUUAGGACACGGUUGUCAUAACUACGAAUAUGUAGGUUACGGACUUAAUGAAUGACCUAAGAGUUUCUAAGUCAUUAAGUGCUAAGGUGUUUGUAGCGUUUGUACCUUAUAAAUAUAUAUAUAUAUAUAUAUACAAUCAGAAAAACCGUAUGUGUCACUAUUCGACGUUUCUUAAGAACUUAGCUUCUAUGUAUUUGGAAUACUGUACUGCCAUUAGAUGUUACUUUAUUUAGCUCUCUGAUUGGCAUCUUACCAUAUGGCAGAGCUGACUAGUGCCCUGUUUGGGCCAAAAAGAGCUGGUCAAUUGGAAACAAACUUAUUUCGUCUGCAGUUUUUGCUAGACUUUGUUGAAUCGGGCAUGGCAAAGUGGUUAGCGUGCCGGUCUGUAAACCUAAGAGUUCUCAGUUCGCGUCCCGUUGCUUUAAUAACGCGCACCACAAAAAGAAUGACUGACAGUUAAAUCCCACUAUUCGGUCAGAUAGAAAAGAGUAACCCAAGAGUUAGCGAUGGAUGCUGUUGACUGGCUCCCUUCCCUCUAAUUUAUCAGCUCAAAAUUAGGAAGCAUAGAUAACUUCUUCAUAUAACUUUGUGCAAAAAUCUUGAAACAAAAGAAAAACUUUAUAUUUCACUUUCUAGAAUUUUAGAACUCUUUGAUCUCUAGAUAAUAUCAGAAUUAAUUGGUCUACAGUGUAUAGGGUUCUAUGUUCCGUAUUUUCUUUCAAGUGUUCCUUGGUUUGGUUUGUUUCCACUGAUCUUAACCUUCACUGUCUUUAUUCUGUGCCAGACACAGUCAGCCUUGAGUAUAUUAAUCUUGACUGAUGUUGAUCUCUAGUGAUGGUUAUAGCUUUUGACAAGGAACUGAAUCACUUUAUUUUAGCUUCAAACUAAUUGAAGGAACGAAAGAAUUUGACAUUUUGAAGUUCCGUGAUUAACAAGCACACUGCUAUGUCAUUCUGAAACUAAUAAACCAGAUAGUAUCAGAAAAUAAUCGGGCCCUCUUUUGAGCAUGUCUUGAGGAUAACACAUUUACAAAAAUUUGAGUCUUACGCUAUCCAAAACUUUUUGUUAAGUGGUAAAAAGCAAUUUUGAACACUGAUCAAAUGAAGUGUAAAUUAGCACACCAGGGUUCGAUAGAGAGUGUGACACCGACAGUCAGGCGUUUUUGUAAUGAUGAGAGUGUCACCCAACAGUUAGGUAUCUUCUUAUCCACAACACCCAGUCUUAGUCACCACUGUUGUUAUUUUAUGUUUCUUUGAAGCAAAAUAUCACACCUGAGUAUUUUUAAUGGGUUGAAAUAUCUCGUAGCUACAAAUGAACAUUUUUCUUCAUAGAAUACUGGUAUAAUUCAAAGUAGAUAAAAAAUUACAACUUAUGUUAGUGGUAACCCCUCCCCCUCUUUGUUAAUAAGUGUAACCAGAUUCGCUACCAUGUAGUAAUGAGUAUGAGGUCUCUACCGGCUCAACAGAGAGGCAGUGUUUUAGUUUUGUUAAUAAUUUCUAAUCAUACAAUAAGGUAGUUAAUGGAGUUAAGUCUAGAAAUUAAACUGAAAACAGCCUCAUAAAUAAAUACUCAAGAAAAGUAUGAUAGCUCUAUUUCAAAUCCAACCUGACAACAAUAUCAUAGAUUCCCAAGAAAAGUAUGAUAGCUCUAUUUCAAAUCCAACCUGACAACAAUAGCAUAGAUAUGCAUAUAGUUAUAGUGAAACUUAAAACCCCUUAGAUUUUUCAAGCAUGUUAUUAAUGUUAAGUUAAAAUUGUUUGUUUUAGACGUAACAGCUAGAAAUAUAUAACGUAAAAGAAGCGUUCAAAGUAAAAUAAAGGAUGCUACAUAAAACUUUGAUUUACACUACAUGUAUUUUAUUUCGACUUACUUUUCAGGAACUUUGAGUUUUGGAGUAUCUUUUAAAAAAAAAAAAAGAUGUGCUUUCUAGUGACUAAGGUGCACUGCACAUUAGUUUUGUGUUUGAGGCACAAACAAACACACACAUGUACAUACACUGUAAUAAACAACUUAGAAUUAUCGAAAAUAUUUCGUCUUUUUGAUGAAGCCUGUUAAAAUAUUAUCCGUUAAACUACAGAUUAUUGUAAGCAUUUCCUGAAAAUGUUCUCCCGGAAGUUUUCCGGAAUUUUGUGUUUUUUAUUUUUAUUUUCUUAAGGUGAUGUAUAUAUAUAUAGUUAUUUAUUCUGUUUACGUAACUUUAUUAGUUUUAGCUUUGGUUAUCUUUGCCUGAUUCAAAUACUUUUUAUUACAUAGUAAAUUGUGUUUAAAUACAGAGUAUUCCUGCAUCUAAAGCAAGUUUAUUUCCCCAAAUGUGGUUCUGUCAUAUACGCUUCUGUGUUCCUAUUAUAACUUUGUUUCUACUGAUAUUUAUAACGAAGUUACCUGUUGUAUAGCAGUCACCUAGUGUAAG